CCAAGUCUCAAGCUGCAGUAACAUCACAGCACAUUCCAAGGCAGUCCGAGGCUGCCAACAUCUUAUUAGAACCACAUCUCGGGCCCGGGAGUAAGGCUGGGGCUAUACGGGGGAAAGACUCGACUGUAGGUUAUCCAAAAUCGUCAUCCGCUUUACCGGUUCUGACAAAGUACUAAGGAGUAGGUUAUGCAAGGUUCAAGUCCAGCUGGUUAACUUGUCGUGAUGGAAUGGCACUCUGUCCUGGGUGUUGUCCUCUCUCAACUUCCUGUGCCUGAUGCCGUCCCCCAGGAGGCUGUGGUUUCCGAUUGAGAGUAUGCUGUGUGCAAUUGGCUGCCACUUCUCACUGAACAUGUCCUGCUGACCAUGGUCCACUGCUGAGUGAAGCUGUGCUGAGCGCCCUGAAGAGUGGAAGCAGAGAGAGAGAGAGAGAAAGAGAGAGAGAGAGAGAGAGAGAGAGAGAGAGUUGCUUUUGAUUGCCCCAUCACGUGAGGCUGGCCUCCUGACAUGUCUGCAGAGGUGGAGAGCGGUGUGCCUCCGGUCGAGCAGGCACCCACCAAGACGCCCUCCAGGAGAGAGAAGAAGAAGGCUGCAGCCAGCCCGGAGAAAACGGAUGAGUUACUGUUAGCCAGGUUCAGAGGUGAUGGUGUUCGGUACAAAGCUAAGUUAAUUGGUGUGGAUGAUGUGCCUGAGGCCAGAGGGGACAAAAUGAGCCAAGAUUCCAUGAUGAAACUGAAGGGGAAGGCGGCUGCCGCACGCUCUCAGGGCAAACACAAGCAGAGAGUGUGGGUGAACAUCUCUCUCUCAGGAAUCACCAUUACGGACGAGAAGACAGGAGCAGUAGUGCUGGAACAUGCAGUGAAUAAAAUCUCCUUUAUCGCUCGUGACGUGACUGACAAUCGAGCAUUUGGCUAUGUUUGUGGUGCAGAGGGCCAGCACCAGUUCUUCGCCAUUAAAACUGCACAGCAGGCAGAGCCUCUUGUCAUUGACCUGAAAGAUCUCUUCCAGCUCAUCUUCAACAUGAAGAAAAAAGAAGGAGAAGGCUCAAAGAAGGAAGAAUUAAGUAAAGCGGUAGAGAAUGGCAGUGAAGCCUCACACACUGGUGAAAGAAAAGGUGUUGACCAGUUAGACUUGUUUGGAGACAUGUCAACUCCACCAGACUUACACUCUACCACGGAACCAGAAGACAUCCUCCUGCUGGAUCUGUCUACUGAGAUAGACAGCAAUCAGAACUGUGUGAAAGGCAACCCCUUCACCAGCCCAUCUGUCUCCUCUGCCCUCAGAGCCCAGUCCAGCCUCUCGCCUGAGAACCCUUUCUCCUCACAGCUCAGUUUCUUCCCCACCCCAAGUCAUGACCCCUUCAGCGAUGACCCCUUCUCCAAAAGCAAUAACCAAAUAGCGUGCGACGGUGGCCCCACCUCAGCCGGCCACGGCUCCACCCACGUUCCCAAUGGCGGUCCCAAGAAUGGUGACUCUGACUAUCUGGGCCAGCAGUUUGACCAGCUUUCCAACAGGACGGUGAUACAGGCACUCAGUAAUGGCCAGUGGCCACUAGAUGGCAGGGCAGCAGAGGCAGCUGCCUGGACUCAAAACGGCAUGCCAGCAAGGGAGCAGAAUGGCCAAGAUGGGAAAUCGACACCAAACCUGUUCCUGGAGGCCCUGGAGAGGACCCAACCUAUUCAGAAUGGAGCGAGGCACGAGAACGAAGGCAAACCUGAGCCGGCCCCCAGUCAAGCCAAGGACUCGGUCCUUAUAAGCCCACCUCCACUCAACACAAAAGCUGGCCGAGGAAGAAGGAUUGUGAAGUCUCCGACAAAUGAAAAGCAACCUGCAGAUCCAUUCACUUCAUCCAAACUGUCUGAGUCGCCCUCUCCUCCCCUGCCAGACAGCACCCCAGUCAACCCAGUCUAUUUUUUCAGCAAGAACCCCACCAGCUCUUCAGACACCUUCACAAGCCUUGGGGGGAUGUCUCUUGGACCCUCAUCUUCUUCCUCCGCUCUCGCUACAACUCCAUGGAGCCAGCCCCUUUCCUCCAUCUUCCCUGCUUCUAGCAGUGGCUCCCAGGCUUUCACGCCACCCCCAGCCUUCUCCACCUCACCAGUGUCCACCUGGGGAGGCACCCCUGGAGGUUUUGGGACCCCCACCACCCAACAGCUUCCAUCUUGGGGGCAAACCAACACCCCUGUCUCUAAUGGAUCCUGGACGCAGCAGUCCACGGUGGGGAACCCCUUCCACACAAGUGUCUUUCCUCCAACUUCAAGUAUGUUACCCGGGGAACAGCAGAGCUCCAGCCCUCCUCCACAGAUCCCACCUCGUACAGCAGCUGUCAAAGAGCCCCCCAAAGUGGACACAAAUGUCUUUGUGGACCUGGAUCCCUUAGGGGAGAGAGAGAUGAGAGAUAUCAAAGACAUGUUCAAAGAUUUCCAAAUGGCUAAACCACCUAAUGCUCUAGCUAAGCAUGAGCCACUAAAAGUAGGUGGACAAAACUUAUUUGAUAACCCUUUUGGAGCUGGUCUUUUUGGAGCGCCAACACCUGCAACAAGUACUCCUGCCAUCAAGGCAGUGGGAUCAGAUCCCUUCAGAGACCCAUUUGGAAACCCCUUUGCAUGACAGCCAUUCACAAUGAUGGAUCCAUAAAGUUCAGAGGUUUGCAUCGAGCCAUAUGAGUUCCCCGCAAUGUGCAACCCAUUCCGGUGCAGAUCUUCAUGCCCCACUGCCACUGCCAUCUAGUAGGUAGAGUUCCUGAGGUCCUGAACUCCAUUGAGCACUCCUCUUUCAAUGAGUCCCAGCUACUCCGAAACACCGUAAAGGAGCACAUGCCCAGAGCCUAAAGUCUGUGCCAUUCUUGACUCCAAUACUAUAAUAUGCCUAAAUAGUGUAAAUGUACAUUUAAGCUGUUGUGACUGACCAUGGAAGUUGCUUAAUAUUAUAUGGCACUAUAAUAGUGGUUUUAGCGGCCACUGGCAAAAAAGCACAAGUCAAUCAGAGGAAACAACUACGUUUUCAUUGCACAGGUUAAAAUAAUCGAAGAAGACCUUGUCUAUAAGUGACUGGGAAUACAAUAGCUUUGUAUAGGUCACUGUUCUGUUCUUUAUUGCAGUAUUAUUCUUUGUGUCUUUGGAGUUUUUUGUUUGUUUGUUUUUCUUUGCAAAUGCUAUGUCAGUUGCAUUUAUUAUACAUUGUACCUGAUUGGUCACAUGACAUUUAAUGACACUAAUUAGUGAUAGUGGAAUGAAAUGUUCUUGUACCUGUUGAACUAAAUUGGAGGAUUGUUUUCUUUUGUCUGUUUAUUUGUUUAUUUUCUUUUUUCUUUUCAUUAAACCACAUGAAAUAAGUCAGAAGUCAGUCAUAGACUUCUUUGUAGCCCAGUGGAGUAAAUCAAAAUUCCAAAUUCAAAUUGAUAUAAUACUUGCUUAUAUGUUUUGAUGAUGGGCAGAGGAUAAACAAACUAUGUCACUCCUAUGGAGAUGAUCGGAUAAAUGGGCAGGCUGUGUUUGGCACUCUGCUCCAUACUGGUAAAACAUAGGCAUGUAAGCACACACACAUACAUACGCAUGUACGCAUGCGUGUACACACACAUGCACACACACAAUUCAUCUCAGCAAGCCUGUCUUUGCUGUUCUUUUCUUUGAGCUUCAUUGCUCUGUUCCGGUUGGGCAGGGCAUACUAUACUUAAUACUUACAUAUUAUACAUACUUAGUACAUACCACUAAGUACUAAGUUACUAGCUAUAUAUAUAAGUAUUAUCUAGCCUCUCUUUAAAUUUUUUGUUUGUUUGUUUUGAUGUAUUUUUGUUCUAAUAUGUUCCUUUGUCUUGCAUGGACACUGACAAGCCCAAAUCAUUCAGGUAGUACUUGACAUAAGAACUGUGAUGACAUCUUGGUGCCAUUUGGCUGCCCUUGUAUUUAGAGAUAAAGGUUGGACUCAAAGUCAAACUAACCCUUUUUUCAUCAUGUUACAUUGUCUGAGAGACAUAUCAAGCAGAUAAAAUGCAGGAGAAAUGUUCUCAGCACUGUGAGGUAUAAUAAUUGAAACUUUAAUAAACUGACUUGCUUUCACCUCAACAACUUUAAGGCUCAAAGGAAGAAUGAAAGAAUAUCUCUGUGUACUGUACAGGAAGUUCAAGCAAAUCAUGUGAUAAUGAGCUAUGUGUGUUUGGAAUGUGUGUACUGUAUUUCUGUGUACAUAUAUAAAUAUAUCUACUCUAUUGUCCACUACGCCAUUUAUCUUGGAUGUUGUAUAACUGAAGUCCAUUGAAAUUGUAGUGAAAUUGCAAUAAACUGGAAUUAUAGUUAGUGGCAUGGGCUUUUAAAAGUGUCCUAUUUAUCUAUAACAUUUCAUAUUUGAGUAUCUGUCAUCUAGGUAUGCAUCAGACAUGAUUUGGCUCUUUGAUGAAAGGGUCAGUGGCACAUUUUGAUAUUUUGCAUAGACACUCCUAUUUUUUGCUGUUAUUCACACUUUAUCGAGAAGCCUAUGGUAUGGGAAUGAAUGCUCGUUUUAUUAUGUCCUGAAAACCAGGAGGAGAUGCACCACUAUCCUAUCGAAUAAAAUGUCAGAUACGUUUACUGAA